AUGUCUACUGCUCAACAAUUACAGGUAAAAAUUUUUCUUUUUUUUAUUUUUAAGUAUGAAAAAAAAUUUUAUUUAUGUACGUUUAAAAAAAAAUUGAAAUUUCAGAAUAUCUAACCGUAUUUUACUAAAAAAAUUUUUUUAGAGAUCGUUAGAAGAGAGAGCCAAAGAAAUCGAACAACUUCAACACAAGCUAAGACAAUGUGAAGCUGACCGGUAAGUUUUAUCUUCUUUACUAAACAUUUAGAAAGCCCGAGCCUAGAACCCAGAGUCAUAGCCCAGAGCCCUAGCCCAGAGCUUAGUUUAGAGCCCUAACCCAGAGCCCUAGUCCAGAGCCCUAGCUCAGAGCCUUAGCCCAGAGCCCUUGCCCAGAGUUCUAGCCCAAAUCCUUAGGCCAGAGCCCUAGCCCAAAGUCCUAGCCCAAAGCCCUAGCCCAAAUCCUUAACCCAGAGCCCUAGUCUAGAAUCUUACCCCUUGCCACAGACCUUGCCGCAGACCUUGUGUUAGGCCUGGCCCUUACUCGAGAUCUUUUCUAAGCCCUAGCUCUCGCCCUAGAUCUUGUCCUAUGCCUUUUCUUAGACAAUGUAAAAUCUAGCCACCGCUGCAGAUUUUCUCUUACCCAUAGCUUUUGCUCUUGGUCUUGUACUAGUCUAGGCCCUGGUCUUGCUCUUCUGUAGCACUAGUUUUUCCUUGACCUUCUUUUGAGUCUUAUUUUACCUUUACUUUACUUACCUUUACCCUCUAUCACAAGCCUAUUCUAUAGAUUGUUCUACCUCAACCGUUAUUUUUUCUUUACAGUAUCAGUGAUAAGCUUUGUCUUACCCUAGUUACAUUAAAACCCUUGUAUUAUUUAACCUCUCUCCCUCUCCUUCCCUAUAAAAACCUUAUGCUACUAUAAACUUUGUCAUUCAGAGUUCAAUGGUCCCACCAACGAAAACUCUUCGAAUCCCGCCAGCCUCCUGAUGUUCAGCAACUUAUGGCUCAGAAACGAGAACUUCAGCAACAGUUGCAACGUGAAGAGUCAGAAAAGCAAGAACUUUUUUCACAAAUCAACCAGCUUAUACGAGAAAUGGCAGAUUCACAUUCGGAAAAGAGUGAAAUUCAAAAUUUGAAGACAAAAGUUGCCGAGUUGUCGACGGAACGUGAGCAACUUUUGAAAGAAAUGACAAAUAUUAAGGAGACGUUGAGAGAAGAGAUAGAGAGUGAGAGAAAUCAGUUUAAUGUCAUGAAGAAAAGCCACAGUUUGGAGGUGGAGAAGUUGAAAGAAGAGGCUCAGAGGUACAUGAAAGAGCUCGAGAACAGCAACGCGGCUAUUCAGAGUCUGAAGUUGGCCAAAUCGGUAGGUUUUUUGGACUUUAUUUCAUAUUUUGUAAUUUAAAAUUGAUUUUUAGUAAAGGUAGGGUAAGGUAAAACAAAAUAGUAAGGGUAUGGUAGGGUAGAUCAGUUUAGAUAGAUUAUAAAAAGUUUAUACAUAUCAAGCAAGGGUAAUUUCAGGUAUAGCAAGGUAAAUUUGGAUAGGGUAGGAUAUGGAAACAUAAGGUCAGAUAGGGUUGGGUAAGUUCAGGUAAGGCAGAGUAAGUUAAGAUAGGACAGGGUAAUUCCAAAUAAGGCAGGGUAAGUUAAGAUAUGGUAACGCAGGUUAUAGAAGGAUAAGUUCAGAUGGGGUAUUGUAGGUCCAAAUAAGGUAGGGUAAGUUCAGGUUCGGAACGGUAGGUUCAAACAGAGUAGGGUAAGUUGAGAUAGGGUAGGGGUGAAUUUAGAUCGAGCAAAUUAAAACAGGGUAGAGUAGGAUAGGGUAGGGUAGGGUAGGGUAGGGCAAAGUAGGGUAGGGUAGGGUAGGGUAGGGCUUUCUAAAACUUAAACUUUUAAUUUUAGUCUUCCAAAGACUCUGAGCUUCAAUCAGAAGUGGCACAUUUAAAAUCCCAGUUGGCUACAGUAACUCAAGCUAACAAGGACCUCAAUACCUACAAAUCCGACUUAGAAGCUCAACUUCUGAAGCAAAAAGAAGCUAUUAGCAAUCUAGAAAAACGGUUAUUAAACAUUGAAAGUAAAUACAGUGACAUUACCAGUCAGAACGCUUCAUUGUAUAUUAAACUUGGCCUUUCACCUAACAGUGAUAUUGACGUACUCGAGAACAAGAUUGAUGCUAUGAAGGAAAAGAGUGAAAAAGAAAGUGCUAAACGGUAAGAAAAUUGCUUUUAGUUAUAGAUUUUUGAUUUCAAAGAGCAGUUGGCGUAUUUUACCUAACAAUAAAUAUUUUAAUUUUGUUUUGUACAUGUUUCGUCGUAUAACAUGGUUUGUGUAGCCUGCAACUUUUAAAAUCUUCAGUUUUAAUGAUUUUGAAAUUACAAUACGUUUUAUAACGUGAUUGUAAAAGCAUUUUUAAAUUAAAACAAUCACGAUUAAUAUGGGGACAUGUUUCAUCGUAUAACAUGGUUUGCGCAGCCUGCAGAAUUAAAAAGCCGACUAAAAAAGCGGGAAAUUUGAUUUAAAGACAUAGUUAGUAAUGCAAAAACGUCAAAAGUUAUUUUUAAAUGUAAAAUACGUCAAUAGUACUUGCUAAAUUAAAAAUUUUAUAAAAAUUUUUAAUUUUUAAAAAUUUUAGAAAAUCCCUUGAAUCCGAGUUGUCAUCGACCAAACAAUCCCUAUCAACCAUAAAUUCCCAAAAUACUGAAUUAACCAACAAAAUCAAUGAUCUCAAAACAGAAAACGACCGGUUAAAACAGUCGGAGUCGUUGGAAGAAGAGCUACACACUUUGCUACAGUCCCUUCAAGCGGCCAAAGCUGAUGUUGUGAAAAAGGAUGAAGAAGCUAAUAAGUGGCGGUCGAAAAGUAUCCAUCUGGAAGAUCAAAUCAGCUCUUCUAAUGAAGAAAUUUUGAGGUUGCGGUGGGUUUUUUGCCAAAUUUUAAAUUUUUUUUAAUUUUUUAAAGUUUUUUUUGUUUCGUAAAAAAAAGUUCUUGCCAUUUUUUGUUUUGUAAAGAAAGUUCUUGCUAUUUUUUCAAAAUUUUGUAAAAUACGAUAAAACUCUGACCAUUCAUGAUCAAUAUUUAUUGAGAGUGGUAAGUGAAGUAGUGUAUUACAAGUAGUGUCAACAGUUGUAAUGACCCGUUUCGAUACGAAGAUGUUAAAGUUAUUGCAUUUUAACUACAGUAAGGUAGGUAUAUGUACAAGUAUUGUGAGGUAAAUCGGCUACAAUAAUGUAAAUGAAAGACACAUUGAGUUAGGUGUAUAUUAUAGUAGGUAAUAAAUUAGUGAACAAUAAGUUAUGAGUUAGUACUGAGAAUGGUACUAGAAUAGUACUUUAGAUAUUGGAGUGGUACUGUGUGUACUAUAUGGUACUAUGAGUACUAA